CACCGGAGCGCGUAGAGUUCCUCAGACCGUCAGAAAAGAUAUACCGGCAUGGAAAUGUUGGCGAGCGGAUUUAGGGCCACCGAGCGGGCUGGUGAGCAAGUCUGACCCUCCCCAGGCACUUUUCUCCUGUCCGCGCGGGCGACGAACAAGGCGGAGACGGGCUGUGUAUUAGCGCACCGACCACGCAGCAUGCCCGAGUUGGACUAGAGGCUGCCCCGCCGGAGCGCAACACGCACACGGAACGGCGCUGAGAGCCGGGAGGAAUACCUACAAUAGAAACUCUCUUCCUUUUCGAAGAAGAAUAGCAGGGGGAGGAGGAGUGAAAGACAACACUGGCAUGAAGCGGACCUCUGGAUUCCCAGCGUGCUGCGGAGCGGUGACUGAUGGGUGAAUGUGGUCAUCUGUAGGGUAGGCUAUAUACAGCGACAGGUACAGACACCAUCAGGGGAGCUUUGACAAAGACGCGGCGCAGCGCUUCACCGGCAGCCGCAUCGCCAGAUUGUGUUUCCAAAAAACUGUACGACUGCUUGGGUCCGUUUCAUCACACAUCGGGUCGCAUCGUCGAGCUGUUUCUUUAGAGUAAAAAAAGGUCACGAAGGGCUGUUUUUUUGCAUUUUGCUUUUUGCUUUUUGCUUUUUUUGUGUGUGUCUCAGCCACAGGUCAACCAGGACACUCGGGGCUGCGUUCCUUUCAGAUCCCAUCAAGAACCAGAGGAGCCAUCGCACGUCCUGCGGACAGUUCAGUCAAGGACACGGGGGUGUCGAGCAUUUUUUUUUAAGAAGUCGGACAGAGGGACAUGUAUCUGGCAUCGACCGCACAUGCUCCCGACUGAUCGUAGCUCACCUUCCUCCCGGGCGAACCACAGAUAAAGGCUGCCAGGCGCACUGUCCGACGCUCCGAGUUAUCGGCUCACUGUCUGCUCACUUAUCAGAAUGGCGGGACUCGGUUGUUGGAAGUAUUACCUCUGGAUCUUUAUUUUAAUGUGCAGGUCGGCGUUACCCUCGGCAAAAUCGCUGGAGACUAUAAUUUGGAGCGCGCAGAAUCCCAAGUUUCUGGCUGGAAAAGGCCUGGUGAUCUACCCAGACAUCGGGGACAAGCUGGACAUCAUCUGUCCCAAAGCGGACCAAGGCAGAGAGUAUGAGUACUACAAGCUGUACCUGGUGAAGAGGGAGCAGGCGGAGAGCUGUAGUACAGUUCUUGAUCCUAAUGUCCUGGUCAACUGUAACAAGCCCGAGAAGGAUAUCAAGUUCACCAUCAAAUUCCAGGAGUUCAGCCCCAACUACAUGGGCCUGGAGUUCAAGAGGAACUUCAACUACUACAUCACCUCAACCUCCAACGGUACAGUGGAGGGCCUGGAGAACCGAGAGGGAGGCGUAUGCAAGAGCCGAGCCAUGAAAGUCAUCAUGAAAGUCGGGCAAGUUCCAAACGCAGCAAACCCUGUGGCGCCAGAGGCUACAGAAGACAACGCCAUACCGGAGUCCACUCCCAGUCCGCCUGACCAGGGUGGGAUUGGACCUGAGAUACCAGGAAACCCUGACCACAUGAACCAGGACCAGGGUUCCUCGUCAAACUCGGAUGGCAUCCUUGGUUCCAGGGUGGCCGUGUUCUCUGCCAUCGGGGCCGGCUGCAUCAUCUUCCUCCUGCUCAUCCUCCUCCUCGUCAUCCUGCUCAUCAAGAUGCGCAAGCGCGCCAGGAAAAAUGCCCACUCGCAGCCCCGCCCCUCGGCACUGUCGCUCAGCACGCUGUCCAAUCCCAAGAUGCCCGGGGGCACGGCUGGCACAGAGCCCAGUGACAUCAUCAUUCCGCUGCGGACAGAGAACAACUACUGCCCUCACUAUGAGAAGGUGAGCGGUGACUAUGGCCACCCCGUCUACAUUGUCCAGGAGAUGCCCCCGCAGAGCCCUGCCAACAUCUACUACAAAGUCUGACACACUCCGCAAAGCCAGCGACACAGCCAGGAGAGAGAAAGAGAGGAGCGCUUGAUUUAUGUUCUUGGGAAGAACACCUUCCUUUGCAUUCUGGGGACUUGAUGCCACUUCAAGCCCCUGUUUUUUUCUACCACCUGCUGCACAAAUCUGGAGAGACACGCACUGACCAGUAACCAGUGGGAUUGUGAGCUGAAUGAUGAGAGGUUUAUUCUGUUUGUUUGGGAUGUCUGACAAUCCCCAUCCCCCUCCUCCUCCUCCCCUCAACUCCCACCUUUUACAUCUCCCUGCUGUGCUCCGAUGGGCGGGCGGUGCUGGAGCACACCAACAGAUGGAAGUCUAGCUUCCUGGUUUGCUGUCCCCUUUAAUGGGCAGGAUAUAACUUAUCUCAGUUCCCUGAAGUACAGUCUGUGCUACACCCAAUUAAACACACCAUCCUAGCACACUAGCCAGGAACAGGCAGACACAGGCCCCGAACGCCACUCAGCCAGCAGUUUGUGUGCAAGCAUAAAACAUGUAUGUGUGUGUGUGUGUGUGUGUAUGUGUGUGUGCAUGUGUGUGUGUGUGUGUGUGUGUGUUAGACAGGGCUCCGUGCUGGGCCAGGAAACUCUCCAGAUAGCUCAGGUAUCAGACACAGUGUGUGAAAUAAUGUGUUCCUCUCCCUACGCACCUCUGAUGUUUGCCUUACUUACUAUUUUUGAUGGAGGAUUUCUUCGAACCCUGAGUAAGUUCACAAAGCAGUUGUAUUUUGUUAGACUUUUCCUACAAGUGCACAAUGUAUAGAGUUGAAUAGAUCAUCAUUAUUACUCCAUCUUCUCACUACCCAUGUCAUCCAUUGCGCUCAUUUUUUUUCCCAAGAGAGUACCAUGACCUGGACUGUUGAUGUCGAGGGGUGUAUGUGUAUGUGUGUGUGCGUUUCCGGGAAUACUCCCUUCUCCACUGGUCUGAUGUGAGCUUUACCAUUACUCUGGUAUUUAUGAUCUACUUGUGUUUAUCUGAGGGUGUGUCCUCUGUGUGUGUGUGUAUGUGUGUUUGGGCAUGUCCAGACCAGUUUCGUAUCUGGGCAGGCUUAUUGGCUUAGGGUUAGAACAGUAAGUUACUGUAUCAUAAGUUUCAAAAACAAGACAGACAGACUAACGUGCCGACAGCUAGGCAUGCUCAAGAUCUUAAAAAACCCUUCUAGCGCUCCAGCUGGCAUCAAUUGAAGGUUUUAUUGCGUCUGAUUAGCUUUCAGGGAGAAGGUUUUUAAGACAGCAGACAGGUUGAUAUUUGUUUGUUCUAGCUUCUGGUGCUACAGUGUAAGCAUCAAACAGUUAGUUUGGUGCCUGCUGUCUUGGCGAGGUGGGCGUAGGUUGGAUGGUUGGCACUGAUUGGCUGGCCUACAUAGGUAGGAUGCCCUAUACAAGUUGGACGGCGAGCUACGGCUGAAUAUUGGGAUACAGUAUUGUCGGAUGCCAAUUGGCUGCCAUCUUUAGAUGAGUCAGUGGAGUGCGCAGUCGGUGUCGUUGCCAGCGUGUGACUAAUCUAUGUGCCAUCGCCAUGCCCACACUCACCAGCCGGGGAGGAGAGAGAGCGAGAGCGACAGAUAAAGGAGAAAAAUGUUCCUGUGACUUGGCUUUAACCUGAGAAGAGGAUG